CAAACCCGGCGCAAGAUGGCGGCGGUAGCGGCAGUGGCGGCGCGGAGGAGGCGGUCUUGGGCAGGUUUAGUACUGGCUUGUUUAGGGGUCUGCCUGGGAGUUACCCUUGCUGUGGAUAGAAGCAACUUUAAGACCUGUGAAGAAAGCUCCUUCUGCAAGAGGCAGCGAAGCAUUCGGCCAGGCCUCUCUCCAUACCGAGCUUUGCUGGACACUCUUCAGCUUGGUCCUGAUGCCCUCACGGUCCAUCUGAUCCACGAGGUCACCAAGGUGGUACUGGUGCUGGAACUCCAGGGACUUGAAAAGAACAUGACUCGCAUCAGGAUCGAUGAGCUGCAGCCGCUGCGGCCCCGAUACCGAGUGCCAGACGUCUUGGUGGCCGAUCCUCCCACCGCUCGGCUUUCUGUCUCUGGCCGAGACGACAAUAGCGUGGAGCUAACGGUGGCUGAGGGACCCUACAAAAUCAUCUUGACGGCACAGCCAUUCCGCCUCGACCUGCUGGAGGACCGCGUCCUUCUGCUCAGUGUCAAUGCCCGAGGACUCCUGGGCUUUGAGCACCAGAGGACCCGCAGGGUCCCUGUCUCGGAUAGAGUUAGUGUGUCGCUCGGUAGCAUGUGGGAUAAGAUCAAGAACCUUUUCUCUAGGCAAGGAUCAAAAGACCCAGCUGAGGGCGAUGAGGCCCAGCCCGAGGAAAUGGCUGAGGAUGGUGACCAGCCAGAGGAGACCCAGGGGAAUGCAGAGAAAGAUGAGCCAGGAGCCUGGGAAGAGACAUUCAAAACUCACGCUGACAGCAAGCCACAUGGCCCCACGUCUGUGGGUUUGGACUUCUCUCUGCCAGGCAUGGAACAUGUGUACGGGAUCCCUGAGCAUGCAGAGAGCCUGAGGCUAAAGGUCACAGAAGAUGGGGAGCCGUAUCGCCUCUACAAUUUGGAUGUGUUCCAGUAUGAACUGUACAACCCCAUGGCCCUCUAUGGGUCUGUGCCUGUGCUGCUGGCCCACAACGCCCAUCGUGACUUGGGCAUCUUCUGGCUUAAUGCGGCAGAGACCUGGGUUGACAUAUCCUCCAACACUGCAGGGAAGACCUUGUUUGGGAAGAUGAUGGACUACCUGCAGGGCUCUGGGGAGACACCGCAGACCGAUGUCCGUUGGAUGUCAGAGAGUGGAAUUAUCGAUGUCUUCCUGAUGCUCGGACCUUCCGUCUUGGAUGUCUUUCGGCAGUAUGCUAGUCUCACAGGCACCCAGGCAUUGCCCCCGCUCUUCUCCCUGGGCUACCACCAGAGCCGAUGGAACUACCGGGAUGAAGCUGACGUACUGGAAGUGGACCAGGGCUUUGAUGAUCACAACAUGCCUUGUGACGUCAUCUGGCUGGACAUUGAACAUGCUGACGGCAAGCGGUAUUUCACCUGGGACCCCAGCCGGUUCCCGCAGCCUCUCACCAUGCUGCAGCAUUUGGCCUCCAAGAGGCGGAAGCUGGUGGCCAUCGUAGACCCCCACAUCAAGGUGGACUCUAGCUACAGAGUGCAUGAAGAACUGCGGAACCAGGGGCUAUACAUUAAAACUCGAGAUGGUUCUGACUAUGAGGGCUGGUGCUGGCCAGGCUCAGCUGGUUAUCCUGACUUCACUAAUCCCAUGAUGAGGACCUGGUGGGCCCACAUGUUCAACUUCGACAAUUAUGAAGGCUCAGCUCCUAACCUCUACAUCUGGAAUGACAUGAAUGAGCCAUCAGUGUUCAACGGUCCAGAGGUCACCAUGCUCAAGGACGCCCAGCAUCACGGAGGCUGGGAGCACCGGGACGUCCACAAUCUCUAUGGCUUCUACGUGCACAUGGCAACGGCUGAUGGGCUCAUACUGCGUUCCGGGGGCGUAGAACGCCCCUUUGUCCUAAGCAGGGCUUUCUUCGCUGGCUCCCAGCGCUUUGGCGCAGUGUGGACAGGGGACAACACUGCAGAGUGGGACCACUUGAAGAUUACGAUCCCCAUGUGUCUCAGCUUGGGGCUGGUGGGACUUACCUUCUGUGGCGCGGAUGUGGGUGGCUUCUUCAAAAAUUCUGAGCCAGAGCUGCUUGUACGCUGGUACCAGAUGGGUGCGUACCAGCCAUUCUUCCGUGCACAUGCCCACCUGGACACGGGGCGGCGAGAGCCAUGGCUGUUAUCCUCUCAGCACCAGGACAUAAUCCGGGAUGCCCUGGGCCAGCGGUACUCCCUACUGCCUUUCUGGUAUACCCUGUUCUAUCAGGCCCACCGUGAAGGGGUUCCUGUCAUGAGGCCCAUGUGGGUGCACUACCCUCAGGAUGUGACCACCUUCAGUGUAGACGAUCAGUUCCUACUUGGGGAUGCACUGCUGGUUCACCCUGUGUCUGACCCUGGGGCCCACGGCGUGCAGGUCUAUCUGCCUGGCCAAGGGGAGGUGUGGUAUGAUGUUCAAAGCUACCAGAAGCAUCAUGGUCCCCAGACCCUGUACCUGCCCGUGACCCUAAGCACUGUUCCUGUGUUCCAGCGUGGAGGGACAAUCGUGCCUCGGUGGAUGCGUGUGCGGCGUUCUUCAGACUGCAUGAAGGACGACCCCAUCACCCUCUUUGUUGCACUCAGCCCACAGGGUACUGCCCAAGGAGAGCUCUUUUUGGAUGAUGGGCACACCUUCAACUAUCAGACUCGCCAUGAGUUCCUGCUGCGUCGGUUCACGUUUUCUGGCAACACCCUUGUUUCCAGCUCAGCAGAUUCCAAAGGCCACUUUGAAACUCCAAUCUGGAUUGAACGUGUGGUAAUCAUGGGGGCUGGAAAACCAGCAGCUGUGGUACUCCAAACCAAAGGAGCUCCUGAAAGCCGCCUAGCCUUCCAGCACGACCCCGAGACCUCUGUGUUGGUCCUGCGCAAACCUGGCGUGAACGUGGCAUCUGACUGGAGCAUUUCCCUGCGAUAACCCUAGGGCUGUUCUGGGUGGGGGAAGGGUACAGUGGUGGGGAGAGGUCUCCUUUCUCCUGCCAUCAAGUUUGACCCUCCCCAGACUUGUCCUUUCUUAUUCUCAAGAGCCAGAUUCUGCCAACAUCUGGGCAGGAUGAGAGGUUUGUCCCUGGUCUCCUCUCUCCUGAGCUCUCCCAGCCUUUCCCUUUGUCUGUGCCCUCCCCUCAGCCUCCUGUUGCUCUCACUGGAACACAUCCUCUUAGGAAGAUGUGAGGACCACAGGGCCCUUGCCUUCCCUCCUCGGAGCCCUGACCUCCCGCGGCCCUGAUCCAUUCAUGCUUCUUGUGUUGAUACCAUUUCCUGAAAGAAGAGCAAGAAGCUCCUGUCUUGCCCUUCUCUUCCCACCAGACUGCCUUCCUCUCUUGAUUUCUUCCUGACUCCACCCUGUCAGCCGUCCGUGUCUGAUGCCCCACUGAUACACUGGGACCACCCUUGACCUGUAAGGGAUGAAUGGAUUAAAGGAGUGAGGUUGCUGGAGAACACCCUCUUUUCUCCCAUCCCGACCUUUCCCUUUCCCCAAUUCCUGCUGGUCUACCUCCCCUGCCCCUUGGGGGAAAAAGUUGCUAUGCCUCCUUAACAGGGGGUGGGCGUUAAACCUUUUUUGCCCCCUUGUCCCUCUGUGGGGCAUUCAAGAUGGAGAAAUCAGCUGUGGUUUCCUUGAAUCACGAACACCUGUAUUUAUUGCUGGGAAAAGGCUGAGGGUUGGGGAGGGGAAUGAUCAUGUGUGCCCAUGGCUGGCCCAAAGCCCUGGGAUGGGGAGGGAGGACCAAUUGGGACUGGGGGUAAAACAUUUGUGGGGAUUCUUUUUACUUCUUGGCCCCCAGAUAUGACAGGUUUUGAUAAAAGGAGAAACAAUAAAGAAACCAUAAGUAAC